GAUUGAUUUAGCACCAAUUAAUUGUAAUGGUGUUUUUUAAAUUACAUACACAAACUUUGCGAGUGAUGUUAACAGGUUGAAAUAAAUUUCGCGCGGUAUGUGGAUUAUAAAUAGUUAAUGUGUAGUGUGAUCCAGUGGGCGGCGCGCGGCCGAGGCGCCGGCACAGGUGGAAGACAAGUUCUGAGUGCCGCCAUGGCAAAUGAGGAGGGUGUGCCGGUGGACCUUUACAUCUACGACCUCACCAAUGGCCUGGCUGCCUUGCUGUCCCCAUCCAUACUAGGGCGGCAGGUGGAGGGCGUGUGGCACACGGCGGUGGUGGUGUUCGAGCGCGAGUACUUCUACGGCGGCGGUGGUGUCACCAGCUGCGCACCGGGCGGCACGGCGCUGGGCGCGCCGCAGCGGGUGCAGCGGCUGGGCGCCACGUUCGUGCCCUUCCCCGUGUUCCGCGAGUACAUCCGCGGCCUGGCCGCCUCCGCCUACUCCGGCGCCGCCUACCGCCUGCUGGAGCACAACUGCAACCACUUCAGCGACGAGGUGGCGCAGUUCGCGUGCGGCGCGCGCGUGCCCAAGCACAUCCUGGCGCAGCCCGAGCGCGACCUGCCGCCGCCGCUGCGCCGGGCGCUGCAGGCCGCGCUCGAGCGCCUGCUGCCCGCCGGCCCGCCGCCCGCCGGCCCGCCGCCCGCCGGCCCGCCGCGCCCCGGCCCGCCGCGCGCCCGCGCCGACAGCCCCGACUUCCUCACGCUCAACCACCAGAUCGAGGAGGCCAGGGCGCUGUCGCAGCAGCUGGGCGCGCGCCGCAGCUCGCUGGCCGAGAAGCUGGCGCGCAAGCAGCGCCGCCAGGACAAGAAGCGCCGGCGCCGCGCCGACGCGCCCGCCGACGCGCCCGCCGACGACGCCGCCGACGACAUGGCGGAGGCAGUGGAGGCGCCCGAGCCGUGCGUGCUGGCCGGGCCCAGCUCGAGCGCGGCGGACGUCGAGGCGGACGAGCGCUGCGCCGCGCCGCGCGACCCGCCCAUCGUGUACCGCGACAUCGACGGCGCGCAGGAGUGGGCGGCGCUGGCCGCGGCGCUGGAGGGCGCGGAGCUGAGCGCGGCCGAGCGGCAGAGCCUCGACGAGCUGCGGCAGUACCUGGUGCAGGGCGAGGGCAGCUGGGUGCUGGGCGACGACUUCCUGCCCUUCAUCGGGCGCGUGCUGCGCGACGGCGCGCUGAAGGGCGAGGUGCGCGUGCGCGCGCUGCGCUGCCUGGCGGCCGGCGCGCUGCGCGACGACGUGGCGCUGCUGCUGCACCAGGACCGGCGCGAGCACGCGCUGCUGGCCUACGCGCAGCGCGUCGAGCGCCUGCCCGCCGACGAGCAGCUGGCGCUCGCGCACUUCAUAUGCAACCUGUUUGAGAACACGUCGUCAUCCGAGUGGCUGCUGUACAUCAGCGAGUGGGAGGCCGACGGGCAGACGCUGUCCAACAUCCGCGUCACCACCAAGGUGUGCGUGCACUGCGUGCUGAGCGAGGCGGGCGAGCUGCGCGACGCGGGCACGGCGCUGCUGUACAACGUGGCCACCAAGGAGCGCCUGGGGAAGGGGGCCGCAUUGCGGCAGCAGCUGCCCCCGUCGGCCAAGUCCAAGGUGUUCGACGAGGUGAGCGUGGAGCUGUGCAUGGCGGCGCUGCAGCUGCUGGCGUGGGCGCCGGGCGAGGCGGCGCUGUGGCGCGCGCUGGCCGCGCUGGCGCGCCUGGCCGCGCACUCGGCCGACGUGCCGCAGCUCGUGGCGCUGGUGGGGCCCGACCCCGCCGCCUUCCGCGGCACGAGCGCGCGCGUGGACGAGCAGAUCGAGCUGCUGCUGAGCAUGGUGAAGCCCAGCUAGGCGCCGCGCGGCGUGGCGGCGCUCGCUCCGGUGGUGCGAUCCGAUGUAACUUAUCAUUUAUAA